GAAACAGCUCAGACGUGAGGCUUGCAGCAGGCAGAGGAGGAGGAAGGGGCCGUGGGAGCAGAGGAGGUGGCUGCUGCCUCAGUGAGGGCUCUCAGGGUCCUUGCCCGAGGCGGCCAGGGGUCUGGGUUUGGGGCAGGGGCUCUGGGAUGCAGCCCCCUUCACUGCUGCUGCUGUUGCUGUGUCACUCAGUCGUCAAGAGCAGAGUGCUGCACUGUGGGGGCUCCCCAGAACCCUGUGCCAACGGAGGCACCUGCCUGAACCUAUCUCAGGGACAAGGGACCUGCCAGUGUGCCCCUGGCUUCCUGGGUGAGACAUGCCAGUUUCCUGAUCCCUGCCUGGAUGCCCAGCUCUGCCAGAAUGGGGGCAGCUGCCAAGCCCUGCUUCCCGCCCUCCCAGGCUCCCCCAGCCUUCCCUCUCCCUUGGCCCCCAGCUUCUCCUGCACCUGCCCCUCUGGCUUCACUGGCCAGAUGUGCCAGGCCCGGCUCAAGGACCCCUGUUCUUCCUUCUGUUCCAAAAUGGGCCGCUGCCACAUCCAGGCCUCAGGCCACCCACAGUGCUCCUGCCUGCCUGGAUGGACAGGUGAGCAGUGCCAGCUUCAGGACUUCUGCUCGGCCAACCCCUGCAUCAAUGGAGGGGUGUGUCUGGCCACACACCCCCAGAUCCAGUGCCUCUGCCCACCCGGCUUCGAGGGCCAUGCCUGCGAACAUGAUAUCAACGAGUGUUUCCUGGACCCCGGACCCUGCCCCAAGGGCACUUCCUGCCAUAACACCCUGGGAUCUUUCUGGUGUCUCUGCCCCACUGGGCAGGAGGGUCCACACUGUGACCUUCAGCCAGGACCCUGCCCCCCUAGUGGCUGUUCCAAUGGGGGCACCUGUCAGCUGGUUCCCGGGAGAGACUCUACCUUCCAUCUCUGCCUCUGCCCCCAAGGUUUCACAGGCCCAGGCUGUGAGGUGAAUCCAGAUGACUGUGCUGGCCACCAGUGUCAGAAUGGGGGCACCUGCCAGGAUGGGCUGAGCACCUAUGCCUGCCUCUGCCCAGAGGCCUGGACAGGCUGGGAUUGCUCUGAAGAUGUGGACGAAUGUGAGGCUCAGGGCCUUCCUCGCUGCAGAAACGGGGGAACCUGCCAGAACUCGGCUGGCAGCUUCCACUGCGUGUGUGUGAGCGGCUGGGGGGGCGCAGGUUGCGAAGAGAACCUAGAUGACUGCCUUGCUGCCACCUGUGCCCCAGGAUCCACCUGCAUUGACCGCGUGGGCUCCUUCUCCUGCCUCUGCCCACCUGGCCGCACAGGACUCCUGUGCCACAUGGAGGACAUGUGCCUGAGCCAGCCAUGCCACGGGGAAGCCCAGUGCAGCACCAACCCCCUGACGGGCUCCACACUCUGCCUGUGUCAGCCUGGCUACUCAGGGCCCACCUGCCACCAGGACCUGGACGAGUGUCAGAUGGGCCCUCACGCCUUCCCUGGCAGUCCGGCUUCCUUGCCCUUCCACGCCGGGCCCCCGCGGACUCCUGACUCUUCUCUCCUCCCAGCCCAGCAAGGCCCCAGUCCCUGUGAACACGGCGGCUCUUGCCUCAACACCCCUGGUUCCUUUGACUGCCUCUGCCCACCUGGCUACACGGGCUCCCGCUGCGAGGCUGAUCACAAUGAGUGCCUGUCCCAGCCCUGCCACCCCGGCAGCACCUGCCUGGACCUGCUUGCCACCUUCCACUGUCUCUGCCCGCCAGGCUUGGAAGGGCAGCUGUGUGAGGUGGAGACGGAUGAGUGUGCCUCGGCUCCGUGCCUGAACCAGGCGGACUGCCACGACCUGCUCAACGGCUUCCGGUGUGAGUGCCUGCCCGGAUUCACUGGCUCGCAGUGUGAGGAGGACAUCAAUGAGUGUGAGAGCUCUCCCUGUGCCAAUGGGGGUCAGUGCCAGGACCAGCCCGGAUCCUUCCAUUGCGAGUGUCUCCCAGGCUUUGAAGGCCCGCGCUGUCAGGUGGAGGUGGACGAGUGCCUGAGUGGCCCAUGCCCCGCUGAAGCCAGCUGCCUGGAUCUCCCCGGAGCCUUCUUUUGCCUCUGCCCUUCUGGCUUCACAGGUCAUCUCUGUGAGGUUCCCCUGUGUGCCCCCAACCUGUGCCAGCCCAAGCAAAAGUGCUAUGAUCAGGAGGACAAGGCCCCCUGCCUCUGCCCCGAUGGGAGCCCCGGCUGUGCCCCCAUUGAGGACAACUGCACCUGCCACCAUGGGCUCUGUCACAGAUCCUCAUGUGUGUGUGAUGUGGGCUGGACAGGACCAGAAUGUGAAGCAGAGCUGGGGGGCUGCAUCUCCAUCCCCUGUGCCCAUGGGGGGACCUGCCACCCCCAGCCCUCUGGCUACAACUGUACCUGCCCCCCAGGCUACACAGGGCCUACCUGCAGUGAGGAGGUGACAGCUUGUCACUCAGGGCCCUGUCUCAACGGUGGCUCCUGUAGCCCCAGGCCUGGGGGCUAUUCCUGCACCUGCCCUCUGAGCCACACUGGGCCCCGCUGCCAGACCAGCACUGACCACUGUGCCUCUGCCCCGUGCCUCAACGGGGGUACCUGUGUGAACAGGCCUGGCACCUCGUCCUGCCUCUGUGCUGCGGGUUUCCAGGGCCCACGCUGUGAGGAAAGGACCCGACCCAGCUGUGCAGACAAUUCCCCAUCUCACCACCACAUCGCACACUCCCUCCCUUUUGAUUGCCCGACUUCCUCCCACUGUGCCCUGUGUCGGUCCUGUUCCAGCCCCUGUAGGAACAGGGCAACCUGUCAAGAUGGCCCUCAGGGUCCCCACUGCCUCUGCUCCCCUGGCUACACGGGAGGCAGCUGCCAGACUCUGAUGGACUUAUGUGCCCAGAAGCCCUGUCUACACAAUUCCUACUGCCUCCAGACUGGGCCCUCGUUUCAGUGCCUUUGCCUCCAAGGAUGGACCGGGCCUCUCUGCAACCUGCCACUGUCCUGUCAGCAGGCCGCUCUGAGCCAAGGUACAGAAGUUUCUUCCCUGUGCCAGAAUGGAGGCGUCUGCAUCGACAGUGGCUCCUCGUAUUUCUGCCGCUGCCCUCCUGGAUUCCAAGGCGGUGUAUGCCAGGACAGAGUGAACCCGUGUGAGUCCAGGCCCUGCCAGCACGGGGCCACCUGCAUAGCCCAGCCCAGUGGGUAUCUCUGCCAGUGUGCCCCAGGCUACAGUGGACAGAAUUGCUUGAAGGAAUCCAAUGCUUGUCAAUCCCAGCCCUGUCACAACCAUGGGACCUGCACCCCCAAACCUGGAGGCUUCUCCUGCACCUGCCCUCCAGGCUUUGUGGGCCUGCGCUGUGAGGGGGACGUAGACGAGUGUCUGGACCGGCCCUGCCACCCCACAGGCACGGCAGCCUGUCACUCUCUGGCCAAUGCCUUCUACUGCCGGUGUCUGCCUGGAUACACGGGCCAGUGGUGUGAAGUGGAGACAGACCCCUGCCAGAGCCAGCCCUGCUCCCAUGGGGGGUCCUGUGAGACUACAGCGGGACCACCCCUGGGUUUCACCUGUCACUGCCCCCAGGGUUUUGAGGGCCCCACCUGCAGCCACAGAGCUCCCUCCUGCGGCCUCCAUCACUGCCACCAUGGUGGCCUGUGUCUGCCCUCCCGCAAGCCUGGCUUCCCACCCCACUGUGCCUGCCUCAAUGGCUACGGGGGCCCUGACUGCCUGACCCCACCAGCUCCUCGUGGCUGUGGCCCUCCUUCUCCAUGCCUACACAAUGGCAGUUGCUCAGAGACCCCGGGGCUGGGGGCCCCAGGCUUCCGAUGCUCCUGCCCUCCCAGCUCUCCAGGGCCCCGGUGUCAGAGGCCCGGAGCAAAGGGAUGCGAAGGCAGAGGUGGAGAUGGGGCCUGUGACGCUGGCUGCAGCGGCCCUGGAGGAAAUUGGGAUGGGGGAGACUGCUCCCUGGGGGUCCCGGACCCCUGGAAGGGCUGCCCCUCCCACUCCCGGUGUUGGCUUCUCUUCCGGGAUGGGCAGUGCCACCCGCAGUGCGACUCUGCAGAGUGUUUGUUUGAUGGCUACGACUGUGAGACUCCUCUGGCCUGCACUCCAGCCUAUGACCAGUACUGCCACGAUCACUUCCACAACGGGCACUGCGAGAAAGGCUGCAACACUGCCGAAUGUGGCUGGGAUGGGGGUGACUGCAGGCCUACAGAUGGGGAUUCAGAAUGGGGGCCCUCCCUGGCCCUGCUGGUGGUGCUGAGCCCCCCAGCCCUGGACCAGCAGCUUCUGGCCCUGGCCCGGGUGCUAUCCCUGACUCUGAGAGUGGGGCUCUGGGUAAGGAAGGAUAGUGAUGGCAAGGACAUGGUGUACCCCUAUCCUGGGGCCCAGGCCGAAGAGGAGCUAGGAGGAGCCCCGGACCCCUCACAUCAGGAGAGAGCAACCCCUCACACACAGCCUGUGGGCAAGGAGACGGACUCUCUCAGCACUGGGUUUGUGGUGGUGAUGGGUGUGGAUUUGUCCCGCUGUGGCCCUGACCACCCUGCAUCCCGCUGUCCCUGGGAUCCUGGGCUCCUGCUCCGCUUCCUGGCCGCCAUGGCAGCAGUGGGGGCCCUGGAGCACCUGCUGCCGGGACCCCUGCUGGCUGCCCAUCCUCGUGCUGGCACCGCACCACCCACCAACCAGCUUCCCUGGCCUGUGCUGUGCUCACCAGUGGCCGGGGUGCUUCUCCUGGCCCUUGGGGCUCUUCUCGUCCUUCAGCUCAUCCGGAGGCGGCGCCGAGAGCAUGGGGCCCUCUGGCUGCCCCCUGGGUUCAUUAGAAGGCCUCGAACUCAGCCGGCUCCCCGCAGACGCCGGCCUCCCCUGGGUGAAGACAGCAUUGGCCUCAAGGCACUGAAGCCAGACGCAGAAGUUGAUGAGGAUGGAGUUGUGAUGUGCUCAGGCCCCGAGGAAGGAGAGGAGGUGGGCCAGGCUGAAGAAAUGGCCUCACCCUCCAAGUGCCCGCUCUGGCCUCUGAGCGGUGACUGUCAGGAGCUCCCCCAGGCAGCCAUGCUGACCCCUCCCCAGGAAUCGGAGAUGGAUGUCCCUGACGUGGACACCCGUGGACCUGAUGGGGUGACACCCCUGAUGUCAGCAGUUUGCUGUGGGGGAGUGGAGUCCAGAACCUUCCAGGGAGCAUGGUUGGGAAGCCCUGAGCCCUGGGAACCCCUGUUGGGUGGAGGGGCCUGUCCCCAGGCUCACACUGUGGGCACUGGGGAGACGCCCCUGCACUUGGCUGCCCGAUUCUCGCGGCCAACCGCUGCCCGCCGCCUCCUUGCCGCUGGAGCCAACCCCAACCAGCCAGACCGAGCAGGGCGCACCCCUCUUCACACCGCUGUGGCUGCUGAUGCUCGGGAGGUUUGCCAGCUCCUACUCCGCAGCAGACAGACUGCAGUGGAUGCACGGACAGAGGACGGGACCACAGCCCUGAUGCUGGCCGCCAGGCUGGCGGUGGAGGACCUGGUUGAAGAACUGAUCGCAGCCCAAGCAGAUGUGGGGGCGAGAGAUAAAUGGGGAAAAACCGCGCUGCACUGGGCCGCCGCCGUGAACAACGCCCGGGCCGCCCGCUCCCUUCUCCAGGCCGGAGCCGAUAAAGACGCCCAGGACGGCAGGGAGCAGACGCCGCUGUUCCUCGCGGCCCGAGAAGGGGCGGUGGAGGUAGCCCAACUGCUGCUGGGCCUGGGAGCGGCCCGGGGACUGCGGGACCAGGCCGGGCUAGCGCCCGGGGACAUCGCCCGCCAGCGCAACCACUGGGAUCUGCUGACGCUGCUGGAGGGGGCGGGGUUACUGGAGGCGCGUCACAAAACCACGCCGGGCCGGGGGGCGGGCCCCUUACCCCGCUCGCGGACCGCGUCGGGAAGCUUGCCCCCGCGUGGGGGCGGGGCUCUGUCGCGCUGCCGGACAAUGUCGGCCGGGGCCGGCCCGCGUGGGGGCGGAGCAUGUCUGCAAGGCCAGACUUUGUCCGUAGAAUGGGCCGCGCGUGGGGGCGGAGCCUACUCUCAUUGCCAGAGUCUUUCGAAAGGAGGAGCGGGGGAAGGCCCGCCCCCCGGGGCCCGUAGGUUUUCUGCAGGCAUGCGCGGGCCUCGGCCCAACCCAGCUUUAGUGCAAGGAAGAUCCGGGGUCGCUUCCGGGAGCGGGGGUGUGGCCUCGGCUGAUGACUGGCCCUGCGAUUGGGUGACCCUGGGAGCCUGCGGCCCCACCUCCAACACUCCGAUCCCGCCUCCCUGUCUUACGCCGUCCCCGGAGCGGGGAUCCCCUCAAGUUGCUUGGGGUCCCCCGACUCACCAAGUAAUACCUUUAAACGCGGGAGGCGAGGGUCAAAAAUAGGACGCUACGUGACAGGGAGGGAUUCUGAAAGUGGGCACCCAUUAUAGGACAGUCUGGAAAGACUCCAGAUUUUAAGAUCCUGGAGCCCCAAAAGUGAGGGGUCAUGAGCAUGCUGUCCCUCCCCAAAUGAGUGUUUGCCCACUCCGUCUUCCACGUAGAGAAACUGCAGCCCUGGAAAAAGGAUUUAGGGUGCUGGAAUGACGAGGGCCCAGCCCUUCUCCCAGAAAAUAAGGGUGAGAGACUACGAAGGGUGGAGUGGAACUGGGGAAGUACCUCUGAACUGGAACCAGUAACUGCAGACAUACAGUAUGUAAGACGUUCUUUCCUGUAUAUGGUAUCCAAAGGAAGCCUCUAUCACCCAUUACAGCCACCUCCCACAAAUGGCUGACAAAUAUUUAUUGAGUGCCCACUAUGUGCCAGGCACUGGUGUAGGUGCUGAAGUGGGCGGGAGGGGGCAGGGACCACUCCAGCUGAUGAUUGCACUCUCCCCACUUCCCUCAACAAACCAUCGCAGGGAUGAGGCGCCAUUCUUCUGGUCACCACUAUAUUUAAGAACCUCAAAUCUGUCAACCCAUAAUAAAGCUUAUUUGAAGUCUUAA